UAUGUGUCCACUAGAAGUCAUUUUUCAUACUCAAUUUCUUUCGGCGGAACGCGGAGCUGUAACUGAUUGUUGGGCAAAGUAUUCUUGCUCUAGUUGAUCUGCUGCUGUCCUUGGUGAUGUACAGACCAAUCCAAUUAGGUUUCACCUCCAGGCAGUGAUGCAACUCGGAGAGCUUCACCCUCGCAGUGUUCUCUCCCUAGGCUGCUGCUGGGUGUCAUUCUGCAGUUCACUCUAUGCUACGCUUACUCUCCUCAGCCCGAUUUUUACGCGUUCGGCAUCUGCAGCCAUCCCGUCUCACUAUAUCACGCGUCGAUGGAGGUAACGGUACUCUUUGAAGAGAUUUUUUUCGCGUAACGUGCUGCAGGUUUUUUUUUGCUGUGUAGCUGUUAAUUUUUCUUCCAAGCGGACAAUUUGUUUUUUCUCUUAAUAUCUUUGUACAAAAUGUGGGACGCAUCUGUAGUUAUCGAAGCUUCCACGGAGAACACGGAAUCUUAGCUUCCUGGAAAAAAGAGUCCCGCAGCCUUUUUCUCAUUUUCCCUAUCCAAUUGAACACAGAGGGGUUUGCAUGCAAAAGGUGGUUUAUUCCAGCGAGUCAUGGAGGGACUUGUCUAAGGAGGACCCAACAUAAUUAGCCUACUGUGUCACCCCGCUGUCUGGUUCUGAUUCUGUAUCGUCUCGUCUUGGCAAGCCUCACCACCCCACGGCGCUGCUCACCAUGGCAGAGAAGGCGACCAGCCCCGGGGUGCCAAAGGGCGGUGCUAGGGCCGGGGCGUCCCUCCCUCCGGAGCCCAUUGACAUCAUCCGGACCAAGGCCCGGUCCCGGAGGGUCCGGAUCAACGUGGGCGGCCUCAACCACGAGGUCCUGUGGCGGACCCUGGACCGACUGCCACGCACCCGCCUGGGCAAGCUGCGGGACUGCAACACGCACGAGGCACUGAUGGAGGUGUGCGACGACUACAGCCUGAACGAGAACGAGUACUUCUUCGACCGGCACCCGGGCGCCUUCACCUCCAUCCUCAACUUCUACCGCACGGGCAAGCUGCACAUGAUGGAGGAGAUGUGCGCGCUCUCCUUCGGACAGGAGCUCGACUACUGGGGCAUCGACGAGAUCUACCUGGAGUCGUGCUGCCAGGCGCGCUACCACCAGAAGAAGGAGCAGAUGAACGAGGAGCUGCGGCGCGAGGCCGAGACGCUCAGAGAGCGGGAGGGCGAGUGCGAGUUCGACAACACCUGCUGCCCGAACAAGCGCAAGAAGCUCUGGGACCUCCUGGAAAAGCCCAGCUCAUCCGUGGCUGCUAAGAUCUUGGCCAUCAUAUCCAUUCUCUUCAUCAUACUUUCCACCAUCGCUUUGUCCCUUAACACCUUGCCUGAACUACAAGUGAUGGAUGAAUUCGGGCAGGCCAACGAUAAUCCUCAGCUUGCACACGUCGAAGCUGUCUGCAUCGCCUGGUUCACCAUGGAGUACCUCUUGCGGUUCAUGUCCGCGCCCAACAAGUGGAAGUUCUUCAAAGGGCCACUCAAUGUCAUAGACUUGCUGGCUAUUUUGCCCUACUAUGUUACUAUUUUCCUGACGGAAUCCAACAAAAGCGUUCUGCAGUUCCAGAACGUGAGGAGGGUGGUGCAGAUAUUCCGUAUCAUGAGAAUAUUGCGGAUUCUCAAACUUGCCAGACAUUCCACCGGAUUGCAGUCCCUUGGAUUUACACUCAGAAGAAGCUACAAUGAGCUGGGCCUGCUGAUAUUAUUCCUAGCCAUGGGAAUUAUGAUAUUCUCAAGUUUGGUGUUCUUUGCGGAGAAGGACGAGGAUGCCACCAAAUUUACCAGCAUUCCAGCUUCUUUCUGGUGGGCAACCAUCACCAUGACAACAGUCGGCUACGGAGACAUAUACCCGCAAACGUUGCUGGGCAAAAUUGUCGGCGGACUUUGUUGCAUCGCUGGUGUGCUGGUCAUUGCCUUACCCAUCCCCAUCAUCGUGAAUAACUUCUCCGAGUUCUAUAAAGAGCAGAAGAGGCAAGAGAAGGCGAUCAAGAGGCGAGAGGCCUUGGAGCGGGCAAAGAGGAACGGCAGCAUCGUGUCCAUGAACCUGAAGGACGCUUUUGCCCGGAGCAUGGAGCUAAUGGACGUGGUGGUGGAGAAAAGUGAGGAGAAGCGCGUGGACAACCACCUCUCACCGAGCCGCUGGAGCAUCCCGAAACGCACAUCCUCGGAGGUCAGCCUGAAAUCGAUGGAGAAGAAAUAUCCAGAGCCUGUUCCCUUGGGGUCACAGGAGGCCAUUAAGACGGGCAGUCCACAGCACCUCAGCGCUCGGAAACUGGAACAAAUGUACAACCAGAUGACCAGGUCACAGUCCUUCUCCAAUCUCACCUUGCCGACGAUCAUUCAGACCGAGGUGCCGCUGAAACCAGAGGUGGAGCUGGAACUGAAGGUGGUGUUGACCCCCGAGCCACCCGCCAAGCCCCCCGUCACCGAGGUCCGAAGCAUAUCAAGCGUUGACAGCUUCACAAGCUGCACCAAUGAAUUUGGCGAGGGCGACAAGUCUUCCAUUUCCUCGAACUCUACCGGGCAGGGGCAGAUGAAGCCUCAGAAGCCACCCCCGCUCGAUCUAAGCCAGCUGACCCCGCCCGAGACGGGGUCCGAGGACACCAGCUCGCAAGGGACCGUCAUGAAGGACGGCCUGUACGAGCUCGUCCCCAACAACCCGAGCCGUGAGACCCUGACACUGACGGAGGAUAAUGAGGAGGGGGAAGACGGGGAGUUGGACCAGGUGGGGGACAGCAUCCAGAGCUCCUUAAGGACCACCAACCCGGUCAAGACGAAGGGUCUGAAGGUCAACUUUGUGGAGACGCCGGAGGAGGUCCCCCUCACACCUCCCAGCACCUGCUCCCCCCAGGAUAUCAGCAGCAGUAGCCUGCUAGAGGACGAGUCCCCCGAUGGGGAGCAGACCUCGCUCUGCCCCGAGUCCGAGCCCCUCCUGAUGGUACCGGAGGAGGAGGAGGAGGAGGAGGAGGAGGAGCAGGUGCCUCCGUCGUCGGGGAACGCGGAUGACGGAGACCCCCAGGCGAUGACGAAAUUGGCCCCGCUCACAGGGGAGCUCAUGGAAGAGAAGGAGGACGACUUGGCCCCGGAGAACUCUGAGGAGAAGGGGAAGUCAGAGGAGGUGGAGGAGGAGGGGGGAGAGGAGGAAGCUGAGAAGGAGGCCGGGGCGGCCUCCGUAGUGGGGGCCUUCUCACACAAAGCUGCCAAGCAGAACUGCACCCAAGGGGUGGUGGGCAACGCGGCAGGAGACGACAAAGCCGACAGCAACCAAAGUGGACACAAAGUGGAGAACCACAUGUUUACACCCGAGAUCCAUCUCAUGCCGGGAGAUGGCGAAACGUCCUCGACUUGUGAGACAAGCAUGUGACUGUGACAGCGUGGGAUAUGGAUAUGCAGACCCACAAGAGGAACACAUACAAGGGCGCUCAGAUGUAAUGAAAGUGAUAUUUUUGCAUGGCAUGGCAAGUCCCUUUUAACUGUGUCGUUGUUUGAUAUUAAUAUAAUGUGAGACUGCAGUCUGCAGGCAAGACUUGGGUAUGAGUGGAGGGCCUGGGAGCUCGCAAAGAGCAUAUCUAUCCAUUUAUGAGGAUGUUUUUGAUCUAAAACUGUACAUUUUAACUUUUUUAUUUUAUUUUAUUUAUUUUUUUGGUUCUUUUAUAGAGACAGUGAGAAAUGCACAGUGGGAUAAAUCUUUUAAAAAAAAGCAUGCAUUUAAUUUAAGAAAUCAAUGUAAUUUUACGGUGCUUAGUCUGCUGAAAGCGCUCCACUGUAAAUACAAGAAUGACCACGGCUGUGGCAACACCCUGAAUGACAGGACACAACUGUUUUUCAAAGGUACAUGUUUCAGUCACAGAGAAACACACAGUCAGACUUGGCAGGGGGAUGUGGGGAAGAGUUGCAUAGUAGCGACCUAUAAAAACAUAUCAUAACUUUUUGUGGGAAUGCAAAAUGUAUACCAUGAUGCCGAUACAAUGUUUUUCUGUGUUCAGAUUCAUCCAUGGAUUGUAAUGUUAUCGUAUGUUUUGGUUGGCAUAGUAAUUGGUUUAAUGCCCAAAUUAAGAGUUAAUAUCAUAAACUUCAGACUGAAAGACCAUAAUUUGUAUGAUAAAGAAUUAAUCCUCCUCUAAUGAAAUCAUGUGUUGCAUACAUCGUGCACUGGUAGUUGCCAAAUACAUCAUGAAGAUGCAUAGAUGCUUAUGAAAAUAUAAUACAUAUGAAGUUGGCUUUAGGUCCUAGGUGAAUAAACAAUGCCAGCUUAAGAAAGUUUGCAGAACCAUCAAAGGCCUAUCUUCAGUCUGAUCAAAAAUAUUUUCUUUUGUCAAAUUAUCAUGAAAAAUAACCCAUAUACACCUGACUAUAACACUAUCAGUCAGUUGCACAUAAACCAUAGUAAUAGAUGCUGUAGCUUUUGUGUGAAGUUGAUAGAAAUCUAAUUCCCCAGAGAAUGUCACUAAUGACUCCAAUAGUUCUGGUCGUUACGUCUCACAUAUGAUGCCGCAGAUCUCAUUUUAUUAUACAAUUACCACAGAAUAAAGUAUUAUUAUUCAUGCUGUUAUGAGACCAGUGACGUAGUGCUUCUAUUUACAGGUGCGUCAUACUUUAUUCUUAAACCUAAAUCAGAUGUGUAAUACUGCAUGCAAGUGUUCCAUCAUUUUGAUUUUCUCAUGGUGGUUGUCACUGUAUUGUCAACAUACCCACCAUCACCCAUACUCAGACAUACCAGUCCUGUAAUGCAUUAAUUCAGUUAAGUUAUCCAAUACCUUUUAAGUGUUCAAGAUUCAUUUAAAUCAUUGUAGUUCCUUAGUAUCAUGAAUCCUGGUGUUAGAUACGCUCAAGUCGAUUUUUAACCCAACCCAAAGUUUUACCUUUUUGUCAAUGAAUGAGAAUAUAUAUUUAAUGUUGCCUUUUAUUCCUACACUGCUGGAGAGUACAUUUGUAUAUUUAUUUUGCAUUGGCAUGACUAAGAGUGCUAAAACUGUUUUCUUGAUACCGCAUGAAAAUGAAGUGAGAGAAAGGAAGGGGGGAAGUAUGAGUUGUGUGAACUGAACGUAUUUGUUGGUUUUCCCUGUCAGAGUCGGAAAGUGCAAUACAGCAUACUGCAAUCUAUGCAGGCCAAGAAUUGUGGCACUUUAUUUGCAGUCCAGUGAAUUUGUAAGUGUACAGGCAUAAACACUUGUAUUUUUCAGAAGAUGUAUCUUUAAUAUUUGAAAUGAUGACGUUACCACUCAAAAUAUGAACUUAAAAUUAAAGAUUUUUUUUCCUGAAGGUAUGUGUGGCUGACAGUCGUGAUUAUAAUGUACACAAUGUCAGUCCUCAUUACUUUGAAAGUUAGUAUUAAUCUGACCAAGAGGGCCUUUUAUAAUUCUCUACAAGGAAAGGCUUUAAGUUAACAUCUGAUACGAAUCUACAAAUGAUUCAAUUUUAAUUAUUUAAAUGGCCUCACACAAAGUAAGUAUUUUUGUUUUGUGAAUCAAUGCUGACAAUGAUUCUAUUUUUUCUAAACCAAAAUCAAGCAUGACCACAAUUUCCUGCCAUGUGGUGGUUGAAAUGACACAUGCCUUUUUCAUAAAAUGUCCUUUAUGAGAAGGCUACAAGUCAUUUGGCUUUGUUCAUAUAGCACUGUACAGAAAAUUCUAAUUUUUAUAGGAGAAAAAUCAGGUCUUUAUGUAAUAGAUACAAGUAAUAUAAUUGAGUUCUCAGGUUUUCUAUAAUAUUAAUGUUCUGAUAGGGUAGAAUUCUUUUUUUUCCUUUCAUCAUUUUCAGGUAGCACCGACUCUUUCUUUGUUCUUUUUUAUGUUGUCAAAUACACAUUGAUGUCUUGGAUAUCAAUGGAGCAGCAUCACAAAUGUAGCUCCUCUUUACUCCAUCCAUAUCCGCGUCUGAAUCUAAAGACUGUGAACGGAGAACCACACCACGCCACACAACACACCACACAUGAAGAGGACCACUGUCCUCAUUUGUUUUUUUGCACAUUGGACAGAUAAGUCAGUAAGAAAGGGAGUGCAGUCAUCUUAAAACAGGUUUCACCAAUUGGUGGCGCCAUAGGUCACUGAUUUGUCAUGCUUGUCAAUAGUGAGCAAACAGCCCAAAAGGGCGGGGUGGUCUGGUCAUAGAAUAAUACAAGACACAAGAGCACUGAUCAAAGUCUUUCCAUGAAUGGGGAGGAAUGAUUUUCUUCUAUUUAGUAUUCUACACAAUCAAACAGCCACGGUUGUUCAAAAUUUGAGAUGAUAUUUGGUGUGGACUCUUUCCUGAGGGGAAACCAUCUUUUGCACACACACAGCAUUUUCAAAUUCUACACAGGUGAUUGAUUUUUUGUCUUUUCCACCAACAUACAGUACAUGUCUACAGUGUUUGUGUUAAUGGAAUUGAAAACAGAGACAAACAACCUGGAUGUCUCUGUGUGCUUUUAUGUUUUGAUAUUCGUCCAAAUGUGAGGACAAAUGUAGGAACAGUGGACUCACAAUCGCACCAAUAGUGUUAUUUAUGUGUUUGUUUUUAUGCUUGUCUAUUUAUUUAUCACUUGUCCCUAAGUAAGGUACGAUGUUUUUUUCUUUUGAAACUCUAAUACUACAUAUUUAAGUUUUCAAGUUUGUUUCACUCUCUAUUUUUUCAUUUGUAUCUAACAUCUCCAUGUGAAUAUAGAAACAUCUCUCAUUAAAAUGAUGGGGAAUAGUUGACCAAUCGGUGAUUUGGUUCUGGACGGCUUUCUUUCAAGAUGGUUACUGAAUGGACGCUGAAAUUAACUCUGUGAGCUAACAGCGCAAAAUGGACUGUAAAGCAUGUCUCUCUCUCUCUCUCUCUCUCUCUCUCAUCACACUAUCACCUGUGAUACCUUAUGUUGUCAGGACGAGUGUGUGCGAUUUUAUUUUCUUUGAAAGAAAGGCUAUCGUUUCACCAUGUUUGUGUCCCUCCACCUGUCAUCACAGCCAGUCUUUCCAUGGCAUAACUGCAUCAUUGCAUCCUCCUGUCGUCUUCUGCCUGUUUUGGGAGUUUGUUUGUUUGUUUUUUGACUUGUUUUUGGUUUUAAAAAGGUUUUAUCAUGUAACUAGGUAUCAUUAGACAACUUUGCGCAUAUCAGCAUUUGUAUGCAUGUAGUAAUCUGUACAAUUGUGUGACCACUGAACACUUUGUUAUGGUACAUGUAUGUCAACAUUUCUGUAAGAUAAACAGCAUUGUUCCCCCAUAAGUCUAGCAUAUGCAGGAUGAA